CAACACACGACGAAAUAGCACGAAUUCCGGUCUCAGUGCAUGUGCACCGUGAACAAUGUACAGCCUGUACACCGCGAUAGGCUGUCCGUCAAAAUUUGAACAGUCAGAGUCAGCGGAGGAGUUUAAAAGUCAGUAGAUUCUGAGAACGACUAGGAAAAGAAUGGGAAGAUGAUCAGUGUGGCGAGCCAGAGUGUAGACCGUAGUUCUGACUGCGAGGCUGACUGGGGUCUGUUCUUGUGACGUCAGACAGAGACAUGCAUCAGUUUGUACUUUAGUGUCAAGAAAACGUUUUAGCCUAAAGAAUGGGUCAGUGCACAAGUGGGGAGCUCCCCCCAGCGAACCAAGAUGCCGUUGAUGGGGAAAUAGUCACUGAACGGCGUUUGUCGCUAGCGGAGAACAUCUCUGAGAAGACCUCGAACCGGAAGUUCCUGCGGCGCCGAUCUUCAACAACAUCAUGGGUCAGCUCAAAAUUCGGCAGGGGGCGGAAGGCCAGGGACUUGUCGGCUGCUUUCAAUCUCUUGGACUAUGAUGCAAAGAUUAAUUUGGUGAACAUCAAUACCGCCCCAGAGGAAGAGCUCAUGACUCUUCCUGGAGUGACGAGGUCAGUGGCUAAAAAUAUUGUCGAUUACCGCAAUACAAUUGGGGGCUUCCGGAGAGUCGAAGAUCUGGCACUAGUGUCGGGCAUUGGUGCCAACAAGCUGCAGCACUUUAAAAAUGAAAUCACCGUCAAAAAGAAAUCUUCCAGAUCACAUUUUCUUCCUUCCAGUCGUUCCUCUUCCCGAACUCAGAGCGUAGAUUCGCUGAGUUGCGAGUCGAUCCGGUCGCAGAGAUCGCAGUCCCAGUCGCAAGGAGGCAGAAGUAUACGUGGUUCACCGGUGAGAGUCAUAAACGUCAACACAGCAUCCAUCUUUGAGCUCAUGAACGUGCAUGGGAUGAAUCAAGAAAUGGCGGCCAAUAUUGUUGAACACAGAGAGAGGAAAGGUCCCUUUAAAAGUAUAGACGACUUGGUGAAGGUGAGAGGAAUCAACAGCCGGGUCCUGAGCAUCCUUAAGGUCUAUCUGACACUCAACGAUCUAACGCCUUCCUCGCCACCCCUGAGCGAUGUCACUUCUGUCGCGAGCUAUAGCAAGGUCUACCAGCGGAACCUCGAUGGGAAGUUGUCAGGGCACGCAUCACCCUGUCAUAUUGUGUUUAGAAGGGUGCCGUACCUUCUUGACAUUAAAGAUUAUAGAAGUCAUCGCAGAACCCAUUCUGCUCCACUAGACAGUGAUGACACAACAGGGAGAAUUACCAACAGCCUGCAAAGUGGUGAUCCCAGAAUGUCUGUGGACUUCUACACAGAGAUUUUCGAACUCCUUUCAGUGAAGUCAGAGCGGCCUAUUGUCAGAGACGUGUUCCAGGGGCAACAUAAUGGACGUCCAGCAAUUAGAAUUGCCACGUGGAACCUCCAGCAAUUGACGAAAGAAAAGAUGUCCAAUCCUGGGGUGCUGGAGGUUAUCUGUCGCACAGUGUUGGAGAAUGGGUUUAGCAUCUUGGCCAUCCAGGAAGUAGGAAGCAAAGACGUGUUAGAGAAAAUCUGCUCGGAACUUAACCAGAGCAGCUUGCGUCGUGUGCGUGAAUGGGGAGGCCCCAAGGGAGAGUGGCGUUGGCAGGUGUCAGAGGAACCUGCGGGAAGAAUGUUCCAGGGUUCGGAAUAUGCAGCCUUUAUAUACAAUGUUCGUCACAAUGUUCAACUUCUGUCUGCUUGUCUUCUUAAUGUACACAACAAUAACAACAAAAAAGCCAAUACAUCCUUUACAAGAAAACCAUACCUUGGCUAUUUUAAGGCAAACAACCUAGACUUUGUGGUGGUAAGCCUCCACAUCAAGGCCGUCAACUUCAAUGGGAGGAAAGAUGAAUUAAAUGACACCUUGGUCGAGGUGGAGGACAACGACAACAGCGAUAACAUAGACAAUAACGAGAGUCCGGUCCUCAAUGAGAAAACGGACAAGGGAAACUCUCAGCUGGGACCCCUUGUCACGGUGCUCAAGGAGAAGCUGACCAACGAGCGCGACAUCGUCCUUCUUGGGGAUUUCAACAUGCCUCCGGAUAAUAAGGCUUUUGAUGUCUUGCGAGAAACAUCCUACACUAACAUUGUGCCAGCUGACAGUUUUACAAACAUCAGUGCGAAGAACAACCAGGGAACUUCCUGUUACGACAACAUCUGGCUAAAUCCACACACAAGAAGUGUAUACACAGGUAACUGGGGUGUUGUUCGAGAAGGCAUGAGUCACUUGGCUAUCCCUCGAGGCUGGUUAUGGGGUGGGAUGGUGAGCAAUCACUGCCCUGUCUACUGUGAUCUCUACUCUAAUGUCAGUCCCAAUUCAGGCCAACAGGGCAGCUUGCAGCUCACCAGAAACAUGGGAGAGGUUUUGAGAGAUGAGUGAUGCUGUUGAGAGCAGCAAAACAAGGAUGAAUAAUGUUGAACAUAGCCAUUGAAAAGAGCCAUAGAAUGAACAGUAGAAUAUAUAUAUGAGAAUGGAAUUGAAGAAUACAGUAGCCCUAGUCCAUGUGUGAGCAGACUGAGCAAAUUUUCAGAUGCUUGUUACUGACACUUCAGUCGAAGAUCUCAGGGUUUGAAUUAGAAGUCCCAGUUAUGUUCCACUCUUUUAUCUUGCUGAUUCUGAUUUACUCAGGAUGUUUUCCUGCAUGGAUCAUCACAACUGGAAAAGGUUUGGAUCUUGCAGUUUCAAAGUGUACUCUCUAGGUCUGCUUUGAAAAUGUUCUGUUAUUUACAGGCUUUGAAGUAAGGAGUGGUGUUACAUACAGUAAUAGCAAUAGAAAUUGUUUAACUUAAAUCGUGGCAUCCUUUAAUACACUUCCUCUUCAUCUCCAGUUGAACUUCAGUCAUAUUCGUCUUCAUUACAAAUCAUCCUCUUCACCUUUGAUAUUUGUGAGUUGCCUGUGAUUGUUUUGGUAACAGCAUCAUAGAGCUUUAGUGGAAGAAGUGGAACACAUUGUCCACUGAACUAUUUGUUUGCAAGUUGUUGGGGUUUGUUCAUAUCCACUGUGAUAUUCUUGCUGCCUGUAGUACAGUGAACAUGCUCAAGUUUUGCCACUGUUAUCAAUUGCUCUGAGGUAGAAAUUUCAAGAACUUUAGAUUAAAGAGUAGGAUGUUUGUGUUGUUCAGAAAAAAGACUGCUGCAACGUCACUGGUCUCUGACUUCUUGCUGGUUAGCAUGUCUGUUUUGCCUAUUUUAAGGUGCAGAUUUGUUAUGCAUUUCUUGUCAGAGGUAUGUGAUUUUUUUAGAUUUAUAGGAAAUUUGGUCUCCUUUUUGAAAAGGUGAGCUGAUAUCAGAUGCAGCUGAAAUGUAUUUUUCUUUUUCAAGCUAAUUUAUUUAAUUGUUUAUUUACCAUUGCUAAUGAAUUUAGAUAUUAACCACUAUUUCCAGAAUGGAUAAUCAUGACAGACUGACAUAUUACGAAUGAGGAGAAAAACCUACAUAUAAUACAUAUGCAUAUAAUACAAAAGUAUUGUAUGUAUAUAACCAAGAUAUUGUGAUUUUCCUUGCUUGCAUUUGCCCUGUUUAAGAGCUGUUCAGAAACCACAAGAAUAUGUGUUCAUCCCACUGAGGUUGCCAUUGAUUUCUUGUAUUGGAAGCCUGUAACAUUUUGCCUGUUUUGUGCAUUUUCAUUUCCCUUUGGAGCCAUAUUGAUCAGAUGUUUUAGUAAUAUUGCUUGAUCAGUAAUCAUUUACUGAAAGUUAUGUAUUUAAUUUGUGUGAUUGGUAUUCUGACUUGUGUAUAUAUGUAUAAAAUGCUAAUUUGUUUAGCGAUUAAAAUGUAUGAUACUAAAUUUACAAUAUAUUCAAGUUAAAUUCGGUUAGGAUGUGUGUAUUACAACGUGGGAAGACAUUUGACAUAUUGAAUAGAUUUUAUGAAGACAAUAUACACUAAGGACAGUUUUUACAAAGGUACUGAUUAAUGUAAAUAAUGUUAUAUAUGAAUCAUAGAUAUUUAUUUAAUGUGUUCUAUAUUUAUUGACUAGCUUUUCCUUUACAUUUUUGUUUGUUAUUACUUUUCUUUUUACAGUAGAAAUCCAGGUAUUUUGUCAGUUUUACAUUAUCUAGCCAUUCAUUUUAGGAAUGUCAUUUCUCCACUCAGUCACAAAGAUUUAUUUUAACAGCCACCAAAACAAAAUUUUCUCAACAAAGCAUGUCUCGUUCACCAUUUAUCGUAGGGAAUUUUUGUGCGUUUGAGUCCCAUUAGCUGCCCAUUAAUGGUGAGCUCUUUGACUUUUUUUUUUUCUUGUUCUUCCUUCUUUCCUUCCAUCCUUCUUUCCUUAUUCACGCAGGUUAAUGCUGUGUUUUUCCUUUUUUUUUUAUGACAUUACCAUUGUCUCUGUAAUUAUUGAUCCAUUGAUGCAGGGAGUGCAUAUAUACAUGGCUUUUCUGCCAAGAUUUUAAUGUUUUGAUAUUCUUUACACAUAUGUUAGAUAGUAAAGUACAGGGCCUGCCUGAUCUCACUUAUUUAGUUUAUUCUUAAAUUUUUUUGAAAGAAUUUUUAUUGUUAUUAAUAUUAUUCCUGUUAAUAAUGUCUAGUGAUUAUAAUAUUGAUGAGAAUGAUGAUUGUAACAGUGAUAGUAAUGAAAAUUAAAAAGCUUUACCAAAAAAUCUAAGGAAUGAAGUAAACAGUUGAAGUCAGGUAGGCUUAGUAAUUGGCACCUUGGUGACUAAGUGCUUGUGAAUCCAUCUAUGUGCUGAUAGAAUAAACUAAAUAGACAGUGCAUUUACCCAGCACCAACAAGUUAAUGGGUUUCUUGUGCUAGAAACUUUUUAUUUUGAUGUAUGCAAUGAACUGCCCUAUAAUUCUGUCAAUAUUUUCUGUUUUCCGUUUUCCGUGUAUUAGUGUAUGGUUGUGUGGCUAUGCAGAAAUGUAUAGGAUUACUGGUAUGGGGUACUUACACAAUUUUUGUAUAUGACAUUUGUGGUCUCAGAGUGUCUGCUGAUACUUUAGUGCAUAUAUUUUUUAGGAGGUUCUCAAGGGAACUUGGUUACACUGUAUGUGAUUUUUAUCUAGCCAGUGAUAUAUGGUGCUUUAACUUCAGUUGCAGUAUUGGUAAGAAAGUGCAACAUUUUAGCCUUUGUGAUGUACAAAUUUUGAUAAGCUUUCCAUAAACAUUUGUACUCUGAUAGCAUUGUCAAUAGUACAGUGGUAAUAUGCAUUAUCUAUAGAGUGCUGAGGAGACCCUUUGGAAAGUCUUUUGGCUUGCAGAUUUAUGCAUAGACGUUAUGGAAAGGUUUGAAAUUAGGUAUAUUCUAUUGUAGUUUAAGUGUAAUGGUAUUUUGAAUGGAUCUUGCAAAAGUUUCACAGACAAAAUUAAAGGAAUAUGAUCAUAUUGUAAUAGUUAAUAAAUGACUUCUGUUUAGUGAUUUGGUGGUGAUUAUGCUUUUCUUCUUUUACUGCAGUACACUUUCAGGAUGAGAAAGAGCAGUGCCAUUUUUGUGCCUUUAUUCCACUGUAUGUGAAUUCUUUUAUUUAAACGAAUAAUAUUUAAA